GAUUUUCACUGUGCUACAUAGAAUAGAAGUUUGGUGAUGCAAGGGAGAAAGGGGAAAAUUGGUGAGCAGCGAUGAGUAGGGUUUUUAAUUGAAAGGGUUAUAGAGUAGUGAGUUGGGUAAGGUGUUGAGAAAGCUUGAAAAUUGAGAUAUGGGUCGCAGUGUUUCACGUUCUCCUUCUCGCAGAAGAAGAUACUCUCCUUCUCCGAUUUCUCAUCGCCACUCUCGAACUUCCAGGUACCAAUUCAUCUCCUUUUUCUCUUUCAUUUUCCCUCUCUCGCUCUCCCUCUCUUUAACUCGUUCUCUCUGUUGUUUCAGGCGCCGCUCUCCUUCCCACAAACGCCGCAGAAGGCGCAGAACCUCUUCCUCCCCCUCUCCUUCUCGCAGCCCAACUCCUAAGCUCAAGAAAGAUCAGAAGAAAAGGCGUCAACAUGAGGAAGAGUUGAAACUGUUGGAAGAGGAAACUGCAAGAAGACUGGAAGAAGCAAUUCGAAAAAAUGUUGAGGAGAAGCUUAAAUCAGAGGAAGUCAAGUUAGAAAUAGAAAGGCGUGUGGCAGAGGGAGUGAAAAAAUUGUUUGAUGAUGUUGAAGCUCAACUUGGAAAAGAAAAGGAAGAUGCUCUUACUGAAGCUAGAAGGAAAGAAGAACAAGCUCGUAAAGAAAGAGAAGAGCUGGAUAAGAUGCUUGAAGAGAAUAGGAGAAGAGUGGAAGAAGCACAGAGAAGAGAAGCACUUGAGCAGCAAAGAAAGGAGGAGGAACGACAAAGGGAAUUAGAGAUGAUUCAGAGACAAAAAGAAGAGGCUGCUCGGAGAAAGAAGCUGGAGGAGGAAGAAGAACAUGCGAAUCGAAUUAAUUCUUUGGGUAAGAACAAAUCUAGGCCUAAGUCUUAUGGUUUCUAAUUACCAUAUCAUAUCAAUUUGUACUCAUCUGUACCCUAGUGUGAAACCAUGAUCUUGAAUGAACGAUUUGAUACUCCUAUAAAUGCAACCUAUUUUAUUAAAAGAUAUAAGAAAAA